AUGUCGCUGAAUGAAUUUAAGGCCAAUAAGGCAGCAUUUGCAAAAAUAGCACAGCAUACGUACUACAUUAUCCUUUCUGUAGAGAGAAAAGCCUAUCUUCAACCAUCUCUUGAAACAGAACAGAUCAAUCCAAGUUGCAUUUAUAUCGAAAUUAAAUCGAGAAAAAUGGGAGUGACUUUUUCCUGUCCAUUUGCCAAUCUUGAUGAUUUCGAUAGUCAAUUUGAGUCUUAUUUGGCUAGAUCUACAAGUUUCGAAGGCAGCGAUGAGAAAACUUCACGAUCUAGUAGCUUAAACGCUAGAGGUUCUGAAGCUACUACAUUGAAGUCUUUAGGUUCUAGAAAGAUGAUCCUUGAAGGGUCUCUUAGUUUCAAUGGGAGGGAACUAGAGGCCAAAAUCUCGCUGCAGGAUGAAAACGCAAUGGUCAGAUCGGUCGACUUUAUUAGCGGUAACCAAUUGCGGCCUGCUGAAGAUUGCAUGCCCGAGAAAAAUGUUGAGAAGCUAUCUCCAGAGUCUGGUAAUCAAAGACAUCAAGCUGCCCUUAAAUUGCAGAAAACGUAUAAAAGUUUCCGAACGCGGAGACAACUAGCAGAUUGUGCUGUUCUCGUCGAGCAAAGAUGGUGGAAGCUGUUGGAUUUUGCUGAACUCAAGCGUAGUUCUAUAUCAUUCUUCGACAUUAAAAGACCUGAAACUGCCGUUUCACGUUGGUCAAGAGCAAGAACCAGAGCUGCUAAGGUGGGGAAAGGUUUGUCAAAAGAUGAAAAGGCACGUAAACUUGCUUUGCAGCAUUGGCUCGAGGCUAUUGAUCCUCGACACCGCUAUGGUCACAAUCUGCAAUUUUAUUAUGUUUGUUGGCUCCAAUGUGACAGCAAACAGCCUUUCUUCUACUGGUUGGACAUUGGAGAAGGUAAAGAAGUAAAUGUCGAGAGGUGUCCUCGAUCAAAACUUCAACAGCAAUGCAUCAAGUAUCUUGGUCCAACAGAGAGGAAGGCAUAUGAAGUUGUUGUUAAGGGCGGAAAGUUUAUCUACAAGCAGAGUGGACACCUUCUUGAUACAAAGGGCGGCCCCAAAGACAUCAAGUGGAUCUUUGUUCUCAGCGUGACUAAGAUCUUGUAUGUUGGGCAGAAGAUAAAAGGCACAUUUCAACAUUCAAGUUUCUUGGCUGGUGGUGCCACACUCUCUGCUGGACGAUUAGAGGUGGAAGAAGGCGUUCUAAAGGCGGUUUGGCCUCACAGUGGACACUAUCUUCCAACAGAAGAGAACUUUGAGGAAUUAAUGUCAUUUCUGAAGCAACACAAUGUUGAUCUGAGCGUUGUCCAGAGAGUGCCAAAUAGCGACGAGAAAGUUGGCUUUGGCCUUCAUAAUAGCUUAUCAGCACCAGAUUUCAGUCAAGCCGGUGAAGUCAAUAGCUUCAAAAGUGCAGACAAAGAGAAAAUCGAUUCAAGCAAACAAUACUGUAUGGAUGCAGAAAUUAUGCAUCCAUCCUUAUCAAGUUGGUCCAGAAAGCUAAGCUCAAAAAUCUCUGAAAUUCAAAUUCCAAAAAGAGAGGUUAUAAAUGAGUUGUUCAAUGAGCAACAUAUAGUACACAGUUGCAGCACUCGAUCUGUUGAAAGUCCAGACGGAUAUGAGACAGCAGAAGAAUAUUUAUCAGAUUCAGAUUUUUCAGUCUCUAAGGAAAACUUAUUUGAUGAGGAUGAACAAGAAGGAUAUGAAGAACCUAUUCCCAAGGAAAAAAUCAUUAAGAGAAUAAACUCGCAUAAAGGAUUGAAGUCAUAUCAAUUGGCUAAACAGUUAUCCUGUAAAUGGACAACAGGAGCUGGGCCGCGGAUUGGAUGUGUUAGGGAUUAUCCUUCAGAGCUCCAAGUCCGUGUUCUAGAGGAUGUAAAUUUGUCUCCAAGAAGUACGUUUUCAUCUCCUCGCAGAACUGCUCGAUUUAUGGUGGAGGGUCUUACUUCUCCCUUAUGUAGAGAAACAACUAUAGGUAAAAGUCCAUUUGCUUCAGAAUCACCAAAACUGGCUCAGAUUGCAGCAGAUAAUCAGAACUAG